AUGAAGGACAAUGCGAAGAUUUUCCGAUGCAUUCCUCCUUCACCAAAUUGGUUCUCUUAUAAUACCGCUUCAUUAUCUGCAGAGGCAAAUUUAUUCGCAUACGCUGCUGCUACUACUGUAUUUCUUCUGAAUGCAGAGACCUUGCAGUUUGUUGGAUAUUUAUCGGGACAUUCUGAUAAAAUAAACGCGCUGGAUACAGCCGGCACUUUGUGUGUCAGUGGUAGUUCGGAUAAAACUGUGAGGUGCUGGGAUAUGGAGAGCCAAAAACAAGUCGCGUCUCUGACUUCUUUUAAGAGCGACAUACUAGCCGUUGCAUGGACUACAGAUAACCAAUUAAUUGUAUCAGGUGAUAAACUUGGAGAUUUAACUAUUUGGAAUCCUAAUAAUAAUAAAUUCAACAAGUGUUAUUUCAUACAAUCGCCUGUCGAUUGUAUUGCCGCAUCACCAACACAUAAUAGAUUAGUUGCAUUUGCCUUUCAUAAUGGGGCAAUCCUUAUUGUAAAUAUCGAUUCAUAUCUGAAUGGUUAUAUUAUUCGCCGCUUAAACGGGCACGAUCUUGAUAUUCAAAGUUUAUGUUGGGAACCAAAAAAUAAUGCAACAUCCGAAUUUACACAUUUGGUCUCUGGAUCUAGAGAUAAAACAGUUCGCAUUUGGAAUGUUGAAGAGGAAAAGCUUACAAGAACGAUCACUAUGCCAGGUCCUUCGCCUCACUUGACGGAUCAGCAAAAAGUUAGGUUAUUCAUGUCUACUGUAUGGGGAGAUGUAUAUUUAUGGGACCUUGAUACUUUUCCAGCAAAAUUCCAAAAAUUUAGUAUUCAUAAUCGUCCCAUUUUCACAAUGCAAUUUUUUCCUUGUGGCACGAAAAUGAUCACAACUUCAAUGGACCGACAGAUAAUAAUAUGGGAUAUUAUCGAAAGAAAACCCACAAUUAUUGCUAUAACAAAUUCUCAAACUAUUAGUGACUUGGCCAUUUCGCCCAUGGACCCAUAUAAAUUAUCGAUUGGAGGUGGAGACACUUCAGUUAAGAUAUGGAAAUUCGCAAGCCCUCAAAAUCCAUAUGAUAUUUCCUUAUAUUAUAAGGGUCUUAAAAAUAAAAUAUCAAGUGGAAUGUUUGCUUAUGGUACUGAUAUGGGGACAAUUGGUUGGUUUGAUGAAUUCCAAAGUGAUAAGAACUUUAAGACUUUUGCCUCUUAUCAUCACAACAAAGUGUAUGCUAUUCAAUGGAGUAUGCCAGAAUGGUUAGAUUUGUCGGUAAAAGAGAAACCAGAGAUGGAUAAUAUGUUCGUUCUUAGUUGUGGGAGCGAUGGUCAAAUAUUACUAAGUGAUAUCGCAAGACCAAACUUACCAUCUUUAUCCGUCAACAAUAUGAUUAAAGAAGUAAAUACGGAUUGGAUACAAUUCCUAAAGAAUAAAUCCGGAUAUUUACCAAAAAGGAGUGAAAUUGCAGUACAUCCUACUGGCAAAUAUUUCGCUGUUGGUAACGUUGAUGGAAAAUUAGAAGUUUAUGAAUUGCCUUCAUUAAAAAUAAUAUAUCAUAAUGUUAUACAUCGCGCCACGAUUAAUAAGCUUUCAUGGUGUCCUCUAGAUUAUGAAGGAAACUCUUAUCUACUUGCAUCUGGAUCAGAUGAUACAUUAAUUACAAUCCAUGACUUAAGUGACCCGGAGAAGCUGGCUCCCACAGUUUAUAUUCCAACAUCAUCUUGUAAGCAAACUCUUCAGAUGCAUAAAAGGGGAGUAACCGACAUUUCAUGGUGUCCAACCGACACCACUAUGCUCCUUUCUUCGUCAUUUGAUGGAACAGCUAUUGUAUGGAAUAUAUCAGAUGGUUCCCCAAUUUCUUUAUUUUGUGGACAUCAACCUCAAAAUCGGGUAUUUUGUACGGAAUGGAGUUUGCAUGAUAAAGAUUUAGUUUUUACUGCUGGAGAUGAUGCAAUGUGUUUUGCUUGGAGGCCCAGUGAAAAUCCAUAUAAAUCAAAGAAAGAAAUUAUAUCAGAUUCGCCGUUGAUGAAUGAAAAAUUAUCACAUCAGAAACAAAGUGUUGUGUCGACAGAAAUGGUGGAUAUGCCAGUAAAAGAUACUGUUACGGGCAUAGAAGUUAAUCGUAAACCUGAUAAUCGGUCAUCCAAAAAAAUCAAAAAAUUAAAAACUCUUCUUCCUGUUAGUUCUAUUCCUUCUCGGCGCAAGAAUCUUCAAUUUAAGAUUUUUGAGCUUUCACAUAAAUUAUAUGGCGGUGAGUGGGAAACUGCUAUGAAUUUAUGGGAGGAUAAGGAGCCAGGUAAGGAAAAUGCUGAUGAAUUUGACCAACAAAAGUCUACGUUUAGUCAGCUCUACUUUGGAGAAAAGUACGCGGCAAGGAAAGCCAUUUUAAAAGAAGUUGAGGCGCAUAAUGAAACAGGUGCUACUUUCAAUUUGGGUGGCUUAGAAGCAACUCCUGCGAUUCUAUUGGAUUUGUGGUCCAGUAAUUUCACUUCAUUGGUUAAACGUACCGUAGAUAAUGAGGAAUUUUCCGAGCAAGACUGGAUGAUCCUUGCCCUUAGUCCUAUUGCUGGACGAGAUGUAUGGUUAUCUAUGAUGCAACGUCAGGCUCAAAAGCUUGUGGCAAAAAAUGAUCGUCACGGAGCCGUUAUGUGUCUUAUUGCGUGUGGAGAAAUACAUGAAGCAAUUAACGUUUAUCGUAAAGCCGGGAUGUUUCGAGAGGCUAUAGCUCUAGCAAAACUUCGUCUUCCCGAAGAUGAUCCCAUUUUUUCGGAUUUAUAUAAUUCAUGGGCGAUCCAAUUAGAAAAGGAAGAGGCAUAUGAACAGGCUGCCUUGUGUCAUCUAAUAGCAAAAAAAGAAGAUUCAGUACAUCAUGUAUUGAACACUUUAGCACGUCGAGGAGAUAUUUCUUCGCUUCGUGCUUCUGCAAGUUUAGCAUUAAUGCUUGGAGAUGAUUCUACUGAAGAACGAACGCGUCGUUAUUUCGAAAAGGUAGAAGAAAAAAAGACAUCAAAUGCUGAAUUAAGCGAAGAGCACAAGCUUUUGGAAAAUGAAAGUGGUAAUAAGAAAGGAUCUUCAUUAAACCCCGAUACAAUAGAGAUUGAUAUUUAA